AUGUCCGCGGCAAGCCCGAUGCGCGUGCCGGCCACGCCCGUGGUGGAGUGCGUCGACAUCCACCAGAUGUACGACGUUGAGCACGCCACGCUGGUGGGGAAGGGCGGCUUCUCGCGCGUCGUCGCCGUGCUGCACCGCCCCACGAACACCAUGCGGGCACUGAAGAUCAUGAUGAAGGAGAUACUGCGGGGAAAGGUGGCGGAGAUGGUCCUGCAUGAGCAGGAGAUUCUCCGCCGCAUCUCCCACCCAAACAUAGUAAAGCUGCACGAGACCAUCACCACCCCGCACCACGUUUACUUUGCGUUGGAUUUAAUGGGCUGCGACCUCUUUGCGCUGAUUGUCAGCAACAAGCGCAUCCCGGAGGGGGGGGCACGCUGCAUCAUGCACCAGCUGCUCUGCGGUAUUGCCUUUUUGCACAGCCAGGGCAUCGUGCACCGCGACGUCAAGCCGGAGAAUAUUCUUAUAAACAUCUCGAACAAGCGCGGCAAGGCCGACUCCGCCUCCUCUGCCUCCACGGGGAACGUUGUUGCCGCCGCGAAUAACGAGUGGGAAAAGUCGUUUAACUUUGAGGUGAAGCUGGCGGACUUUGGCCUCGCCAAGCUGGUGCAGGGGUGGGAUGUGCAGUCCACGCCCUGCGGCACCUCCUUCUACAUCGCGCCGGAGGUAAUUCGCGGGAUUGAGGCCCAAGGCACCAAGCCGCUCUGCACCACGCAGGAACUCGUCAAGAGCGUCGAUGUCUGGUCGGCCGGGGUUGUGCUCUUCAUCAUGCUCUCCGGCCGGCCCCCGUUUCACGGGCAGGUGACGUCGAGCGAGGAGCGGCGGCAGCUGCUGCGCCGCAUCGAUCGCUGGGUGCUCUUUUGCGCCAAGCAGGGCUGGGACGGCAUCAGCGAGGAGGCGAAGGACCUGAUUGUCCGCAUGCUGGAGCAGGACGGCGCGAAGCGGCUGACGGCGGUGCAGGCGCUGCAGCACCCGUUCUUCACGAACCACGGCCUCAUGGCGCCCUCGCCGGGGGGUCCCAAGGCCCCGCUGGCUCUGCGGCAGCUGCCCGAAGAGCGGCCACCGGCACACAAGGCGCAGCCGCAGCAGCCGCAGCAGCCGCAGCAGCCGCAGGCGGCGGGCGAAGCGGUGCGGUGCGAGGUGAAGAAGGAGCAGGGCGAGGCCGGCUGGAGGGACGCGGAUGUGCCCAAUCAGAUGGUCACGAAGAAAAUUAGGGAGUUUCUGAAUAUGCUGCGGCCCAAGAGCCACGCGAAGCGCCCCGGUGGAAAGACCCCGCUGGCGGAGGGGCAGCCGCGGCCGCAACCGCAGGAGGGGGGGGAGGAGGAAGAGGAGGAGGAGGAGGAGGAGGAACAGGUGCGGGGCAUGCAGGCGGAGAUUGACGCCCUCCAGAAGGACAUCGUGGAGACGGGCGAUACGGAGGGUGAUAAGACAAGCUACACGCCGAAGAUGCCGCUGAUGGCGGGCCCGCGCACAAAGCGCCCCGCCGUGAUGAAUGCAAAGGCAAAAGUGGGCCCCGCCGCCCUCAAGCGAUGA